AGUGAGUAUUGCAGUCAGUGCGCUGCUGCCUCCCAGCGUACAGCAGCUAGUAGAUUGGUCUGUCUUUAAAAUACAUCUGUUUUCCCCCUUUUUAAAAACUAGUGGGUAGUUAUUUCUGUUAAUAUUUAUAUUUUUUCGGAUGUUUAACAAGGACCACACGACUAAGCCCGAGAAGAACCGAGGAAGUGCGAGGCUUUAGAGUUUUUGGCAAUCCUUUUGGGCUGCCUUUACUCUGCUUUUAUUAUCGGCUGUUUUCCAAGAAGGGAUUUUUUUUUCGGCGACCCGAGGAAACAUGAGCUUUCUUUUUGGAAAUCGUUCAUCUAAAACAUUCAAGCCCAAGAAGAACAUCCCGGAGGGUUCUCAUCAGUAUGAGCUGCUGAAACAUGCAGAGGCUACUCUGGGGAGUGGAAACCUGCGCAUGGCAGUCAUGUUGCCUGAGGGUGAAGACUUAAAUGAGUGGGUCGCAGUCAACACUGUGGACUUCUUCAACCAGAUCAACAUGCUGUAUGGCACCAUCACAGAUUUUUGCACUGAGGAAAGCUGUCCAGUCAUGUCUGCUGGUCCUAAGUAUGAGUACCACUGGGCUGAUGGAACCAACAUCAAGAAGCCCAUCAAAUGCUCUGCUCCCAAGUAUAUUGAUUACCUCAUGACUUGGGUGCAAGACCAGCUCGACGAUGAGACGCUUUUCCCUUCAAAGAUCGGCGUGCCCUUUAAGCGUAAUUUUAUGUCUGUGGCGAAGACCAUUCUGAAGCGUCUGUUCAGGGUCUACGCCCACAUCUACCACCAGCACUUUGACUCCGUCAUGCAGCUGCAAGAGGAGGCCCACCUCAACACAUCAUUCAAACACUUCAUCUUUUUUGUUCAGGAGUUCAACCUCAUUGACAGGAAAGAGCUGGUCCCACUACAGGAGCUGAUUGAAAAACUGACAACCAAGGAUAGAUAAACAGCCCUGUAAUCCUUAUUUUAUUGCUCUUCUAGUUUUUGCACAGAUACCCACCCACCCCCACCCUGGCUAUAUGUAUGCAGUAUGUACUAUUUCCAUUUGGGGAAAUGUUUUUAAUAAGGCCAGGAAGAAGGAAGGGUGUUGUUAGGUUAAAGGCACCAGGACUAAUGCUAUCAGGGAUUAAGUUAAUUGAGCAAACCACAGAUUAACAUUAGCUGUAUGGGGGAAAAAAAAAAGAAAUUUCCCUUAUAUUCUAUCACGGCUUACUUUAAGAUAAGAUGGAUAUAUGUUUAUUAAUUUUCUACCUGACUGCACAGAUGUUUUGUUUUUGUCCCACUUGAAUUUAAGAUAACAUACUAUUAGGUUCCAGCUCCAUCAUAGAAGAGAGUAGCGAUUAAGCAGAGAUGCUGUAUCAUAGGGUGGUGUGAUAAAUAACUGAAUAUUAUUGGUUUAUUUUAACAUAGAAGGAUCUUGAUUUGAUUUGAUCUAGGUUUGCUACUGUCCACAUCUGUAAUAUCAUAACAUCAGUCACAAAAGAAUCCUAAGUGCCUAGCAUGGCUCAUAAUUGCCCUAGUAUAUCAAAGGCCAUAUAACACUGAUGUGAUUGAUUCAUUCAAUUUUCCUCACCACGUCCCUUUUAAGUUUGUGCUUCUUACACCCCCACCCCUAUUUUUUUUUCCUAUGUGUCCUGUAACUUGGCUCAGAAUUAUUUCUUUAUUUCUUCUGCUCCUCGUCGACUUUAUUUAGUUAUAAAGUCUUUUGGCCAAGUUUUAUAAUGUGCAGGCUAUGAUACAUGAAUGUGUUGUGAAGGACAUAGAAGUGAAGCUAGAAUGAUGUUAUGCUGUAGCAGGGACUAAGAAAUGACGAAUCUUGUAGCAUGGUCUAGUAACAUGUCCCUGUGUACUAGUUUUUCCCCUUCAAAAACUAGUAACAGAAAUAGUAAC